CGCCUCACAGUAAAGAUGGCGCACAGCGGUCGGUGGCGCUUCCCUGCCCGGCCCGGCAGCGGCGGCUGGGGCCGCCGGGGGCCGGGGGGAUCCCGGCUGCGGGUGCCGGCCGUGCGGAGCCUGCGGGCCGCCGAGGCGGCGGCGGCGCCGGCGGCGGCGGGCGAGGAGGAGCGCGGCGGCCCGUGCUCCGGCGGGGCGGCGGGAAGCGGGGGAGGCGGGGCAGCGCCGGGCUCCGGCGGCUCCGGGGGCCCCGCGGCCGGGGUGGGACCCGGCUUCGACGCGGCGCUCCAGGUCUCGGCCGCCAUCGGCAUCAACCUGCGGCGGUUCCGCGCGGCCUGCGGCGCCGAGGCGGGCAGCGGAGAGGAUGAACAGUUUUUAGGUUUUGGUUCAGAUGAAGAAGUCAAAGUACGAAGUCCCACCAGGUCCCCCACAGUUAAAUCGAGCCCACGGAAGCCUCGCGGGAGGCCCCGGAGCAGUUCUGACCGAAGUUCAGCUGUACUGUCAGACUCCUCGUCAGUGUGUUCCCCUUCGAGCAAGUCUGAAAGCACAUCCAUGGAGAAAGUAAAGAAGAAGGAGUUGAAGAGCGGGGAAAAAAGGCGAGGAAGACCUCCAACGCUGACGAGCGUGAAGUUCAAGCUGUCACAAGUAAAGGACGCGUCGGACGUUCAGAAGGGCAGUAAAGAAGAAAAGGAGAGUGUGAAAAAAAUCAAAAGGUCACCAUCCACUACGUUUCAGCAAGCAACUAAAAUCAAGAAGUUAAGAACUAGUAAGCUCUCCCCACUGAAAUCCAAAUUUAAGCCUGGGGCAAAACUUCAGAUUGGGAGGAAGAGCGUUCAGAUGGUGCGCAGGAGAGGCAGGCCGCCGUCCUCCGAACGCGUCAAGACUCCCUCCGCCUUGGUCGUAAACUCGCAGCUGGAGAAGCCCCAGAGGAUGCGCAAAGAAAAGGAUGGCACGCCACCCCUCACGAAGGAAGAGAAGACUGCUGUCAGGCAGAGCCCGCGCAGGAUCAAGCCCGUUCGCAUUAUACCUUCCACCAAAAGGACGGACGCCACGAUCGCCAAGCAGCUCUUGCAGAGGGCGAAAAAAGGGGCGCAAAAAAAGAUUGAGAAAGAAGCGGCCAAACUGCAGGGCAGGAAGGGGAGAACCCAGCUCAAAAACAUCCGGCAGUUCAUUAUGCCGGUUGUGAGCGCGAUCUCUUCACGGAUUAUUAAAACACCCAAACGGUUCAUUGAGGACGAAGACUACGAUCCUCCUAUUAAAAUAUCCAGACUGGAAUCCACACCGAACAGCCGGUUCAGCGCUACAUCUUGUGGCUCCAGCGAGAAGUCCAGCGCUGCUUCUCAGCAUUCGUCUCAGAUGUCGUCAGACUCCUCGCGGUCCAGCAGCCCCAGCGUGGACACGUCCACAGACUCCCAGGCUUCCGAGGAGGUGCAGACGCCUUCUGAAGAGCGGAGCAAUACUCCGGAAGUUCACGCGCCGCUGCCCGUUUCUCAGUCCCCUGAAAAUGAUAACGGCGAUAGGAGGAACAGGAGGUUUUCGGUAACGGAAAGAAGUUUCAGCCAAAGGACCGCGAAGAAGCUGCCAGCCUUACCGAGCGUGCCGCAGCAGCCCUCCUCGUCCUCCCCUCCUCCCCCUCUGCUCACGCCCCCGCCGCCGCUGCAGCCCGCGUCCAGCAUCUCGGACCAUACCCCCUGGCUCAUGCCGCCCACCAUCCCGCUGGCCUCGCCCUUCCUUCCCGCCUCUGCCGCGCCCAUGCAGGAGAAGCGCAAGUCGAUCCUGCGGGAGCCCACGUUCCGCUGGACCUCCCUGAAGCAUUCCAGGUCAGAACCGCAGUACUUCUCCUCUGCAAAGUAUGCCAAAGAGGGGCUGAUCCGCAAGCCGAUAUUCGAUAACUUCAGGCCCCCGCCGCUGACGCCGGAGGACGUCGGCUUUGCAUCUGGCUUCUCGACGCCAGGUGCGACGGCUCCAGCGCGCCUGUUUUCUCUCCACUCGGGAACGCGGUUCGACAUGCACAAGAGGAGCCCUCUGCUGAGAGCGCCGCGGUUCACGCCGAGCGAGGCCCACUCCAGGAUCUUCGAGUCUGUGAUUCUGCCCUCGUCGGUUGGCCGCAGCGCCGCAGGGACCUCCGCGGCGGGCGUCUCCUCGCGGAAGCGGAAGAGGAGAGUAUUCAGCCCCAUCCGCUCGGAACCCAGAUCUCCCUCGCACUCCAUGAGGACGAGAAGCGGGAGGCUCAGUACCUCGGACCUGGCGACUCUCACCCCGCAGUCUUCUGUCUCUUCCUCCUUAACUAGCAUUUCUGUUAGUUCUCUUGCCACUAGUGCCUUAAACUCAACUUUUACUUUUCCUUCCCAUUCCCUGACGCAGUCUGGGGAGUCGGCGGAAAGAAGCCAGCGGCCGAGGAAGCAGACCAGCACUCCGGCAGAGCCUUUCUCGUCCAGCAGCCCUGCUCCUCUCUUCCCCUGGUUCACGUCGAGCCCCCAGACAGAGCGAGGCAGAAACAAGGACAGGGCAGCAGAGGAGCUCUCCAAAGAUAAAGACGCUGACAAAAGCCUGGAGAAGGACAAGAGCAGAGAGAAAGACAGAGAGAGAGAAAAGGAGAACAAGCGGGAGUCAAGGAAGGAGAAAAGGAGAAAAGGGUCGGAAGUUCAGAGUAGCUCGGCUCUGUUCCCAGUAGGUAAAACGCCCAAAGAAAAAGUUGUCAGCGAAGAUGUCGCAGCAUCGUCAUCUGCCAAAAAACCUGCUGGGCGGAAGAAGUCCACAGCAAUAGAUCCCGCGGCAGACGUUUCCACCGCCGCUCUGGGAGACGCGGCAGCCGGCAAAACCAAAACGUCCAAGAAGGGCAGAGGGGGGUUAGACAAAUCGGAUCUGGACCUCAGCCCCACCGUGCCGUCUGCGGAGAAGGAAAAAGCCCUGCGUCUCUCUGCUCCUUCCUCAAGCACUGUUAAACAUUCCACGUCCUCCAUCAGCUCCAUGUUGGCUCAGGCAGACAAACUGCCCAUGACUGACAAGAGAGUGGCCAGUCUUCUGAAAAAGGCAAAAGCCCAGCUAUACAAAAUCGAGAAGAGCAAGUCCCUCAAACAGGCUGAUCAGCCAAAAGCACAGGGACAAGAGAGCGAUUCGUCAGAAACGUCAGUGCGAGGACCACGCAUCAAACACGUUUGCAGGAGAGCAGCUGUUGCGCUGGGCCGCAAGCGGGCGGUGUUUCCUGAUGACAUGCCCACUCUGAGUGCCUUACCGUGGGAAGAGCGGGAGAAGAUACUGUCUUCCAUGGGGAACGAUGAUAAGUCAUCGAUAGCUGGCUCAGAAGAGGCCGAACCUCUGGCUCCACCGAUCAAGCCGAUAAAGCCGGUCACCAGAAACAAGGCGCAGCAGGAACCGCCGGUGAAGAAGGGCCGGCGCUCGCGGCGCUGCGGGCAGUGUUCGGGCUGCCAGGUUCCAGAGGACUGUGGCGUCUGCACCAACUGCCUGGACAAGCCCAAGUUCGGUGGGCGCAAUAUAAAGAAGCAGUGCUGCAAGAUGAGGAAGUGUCAGAAUCUGCAGUGGAUGCCUUCCAAAGCGUACCUGCAGAAGCAAGCUAAAGCUGCAAAAAAGAAAGAGAAGAAAUCGAAGACAAACGAGAAGAAAGAAAGCCAUUCUGGAAAGAACCAGUUGGACUCCGGGCAGAAACAAACUCCUCAGGCCGUCAUAGCGAGAGAAGACGCUGCUGUGAAGAAGAGCAGCGAGCCUGCCCGCAAGCCCGUUGAGGAGAAGCACGAGGACGGGAAUCCCUCCGGCCCGGUGCCGGAGCCCAAACAGGUCCCUGUGGCCGGCACCAGGAAGACGGGCAAGCAGGCGUCCCAGCCAGCGCCGCCGCCGCCGCCGAGCUCCGCACCUCUGAAAAAAGAAGCACCUAAACCUGCCGCUUCUGAGCCUAAGAAAAAGCAGACUCCCCAGCCAGAAAUAGGCACAGAACAAAGCAAACAGAAAAAAAUUGCUCCCCGUCCAACUUUCCCUGUGAAACAGAAACCAAAAGACAAGGAAAAGCCCCCUCCCAUAAGCAAGCCCGAAAGCAGCACGCUGAACUUGCUCAGCACUCUGACUAAUGGCAGCAGUUCCAAGCAAAAGCCACCCCCAGAUGGAGUCCACAGAAUCCGAGUGGAUUUCAAGGAGGACUGUGAAGUGGAGAAUGUUUGGGAGAUGGGUGGGUUAGGCAUCGUCACCUCGGUACCUAUUACUCCCAGGGUGGUCUGUUUUCUCUGUGCCAGCAGUGGACACGUGGAGUUCGUGUACUGUCAGGUCUGUUGUGAGCCCUUUCACAAGUUCUGCCUGGAGGAGAGCGAGCGGCCGCUGGAGGACCAGCUGGAGAACUGGUGCUGCCGUCGCUGCAAGUUCUGCCACGUGUGUGGGAGACAGCACCAGGCCACCAAGCAGCUGCUGGAGUGUAACAAGUGCCGAAACAGCUAUCACCCCGAGUGCCUGGGCCCAAACUACCCGACAAAACCCACCAAGAAGAAGAAAGUUUGGAUAUGUACCAAAUGUGUUCGCUGCAAGAGCUGCGGAUCCACGACACCAGGCAAAGGGUGGGAUGCGCAGUGGUCUCACGACUUCUCGCUGUGCCACGAUUGUGCCAAACUCUUUGCGAAAGGAAACUUCUGUCCUCUCUGUGACAAGUGCUACGACGAUGACGACUACGAGAGCAAGAUGAUGCAAUGCGGGAAAUGCGACCGCUGGGUCCACUCCAAGUGUGAAAACCUUUCUGAUGAGAUGUAUGAGAUACUCUCUAACUUGCCGGAGAGCGUAGCGUACACCUGCAUUAACUGCACGGAGCAGCAUCCUGCGGAGUGGCGCCUGGCGCUGGAGAAGGAGCUGCAGGUGUCCCUGCGGCAGGUCCUGACGGCCCUGUUGAAUUCCAGAACGACCAGCCACUUGCUGCGGUAUCGACAGGCAGCAAAACCGCCUGAUUUAAACCCCGAGACGGAGGAGAGUAUCCCAUCCCGAAGCUCCCCAGAAGGUCCUGACCCCCCCGUCCUAACCGAAGUCAGCAAGCAGGAGGAGCAGCAGCCUCUGGAUCUGGAAGGAGUGAAGAGGAAAAUGGAUCAAGCAGGUUACACCUCUGUGUUGGAUUUUAGUGAUGAUAUCGUGAAGAUAAUUCAAGCAGCCAUCAAUUCCGACGGCGGGCAGCCGGAGGUGAAGAAAGCCAACAGCAUGGUCAAGUCCUUCUUUAUUCGGCAAAUGGAGCGUGUUUUUCCAUGGUUCAGUGUAAAAAAGUCCAGAUUUUGGGAGCCAAAUAAAGUAACGAGCAACAGUGGUAUGUUGCCGAACGCGGUGCUGCCCCCUUCGCUUGACCAUAACUAUGCUCAGUGGCAGGAGCGGGAAGAGAACAGCCGCACCGAACAGCCCCCUCUGAUGAAGAAAAUCAUUCCAGCUCCAAAACCCAAAGGGCCCGGAGAGCCGGAUUCCCCAACCCCUCUGCAUCCUCCUACACCGCCAAUCUCCAGCUCUGACCGAAGCAGAGAGGAUAGUCCUGAACUGAACCCACCUCCAGACGUGGAAGACAACAGGCAGUGCGCGUUGUGCCUGAAAUACGGUGACGACAGCGCUAACGAUGCUGGACGUCUUCUGUAUAUCGGCCAGAAUGAAUGGACACACGUGAACUGUGCUUUGUGGUCGGCAGAGGUGUUUGAAGAUGACGAUGGUUCUCUGAAGAACGUGCACAUGGCUGUGAUCAGGGGAAAGCAGCUGAGAUGCGAGUUCUGCCAGAAGUCGGGCGCCACCGUCGGCUGCUGCCUCACUUCCUGCACCAGUAACUACCACUUCAUGUGCUCGCGGGCCAAGAACUGCGUGUUCCUGGACGACAAGAAGGUUUACUGCCAGAGGCAUCGCGACCUGAUCAAAGGAGAGGUGGUUCCUGAGAAUGGGUUUGAAGUCCUUAGGAGAGUUUUUGUGGACUUUGAAGGGAUCAGUUUGAGAAGAAAAUUUCUUAGUGGGUUGGAACCAGAGAACAUCCACAUGAUGAUUGGCUCGAUGACAAUAGACUGUUUAGGAAUUCUGAAUGACCUCUCAGACUGUGAAGAUAAGUUGUUUCCCAUUGGCUAUCAGUGCUCGAGGGUGUACUGGAGCACAACGGAUGCCAGGAAGCGCUGCGUGUAUACCUGCAAGAUCAUGGAGUGCCGGCCGCCGGUCAUAGAACCCGACAUCAACAGCACGGUGGAGCACGAUGACAACAGAACGAUUGCGCACAGCCCCGUUCCCCUUACAGAAAGUCUGCCUAAAGACAGCCGAAACGCGCCUGAAAUCGUCAGCCCGCCAUCGCCAGAUCGUCCCUUGCACUCUCAGACCUCCGGCUCCUGUUACCUCCCGGGGGGCUCGAAGGCUCCCAGGCUCAGGGCGCCCAGCUAUCCGUCCGCGCAGAGGUCGCCCGGCUCCCGGCCGUUGCCCUCCGCAGGCAGCCCUACCCCGGUGACCCACGAAAUAGUGACAGUGGGGGAUCCCUUGCUGUCCUCUGGGCUGAAGAGCAUCGGUUCCAGGAGACACAGCACCUCCUCUUUGUCACAGCAGCAGUCGAAACUCCGCAUGAUCUCCCCUCCACGAGCCGGGAGCGCGUACUCCAGGCACAGCGUGUCCUCGGUUCCCAGCGCAGGGACCUCUGCAGAACACGAGCCGAGCGGCAAAAGCACCGACCGCUUUGCAGGACCAGCGAACGCGGGUGCUCCCAGCGCUCCAGGCCAAAGCUGCUCUGCCAGCUCGGGUGCCCAGAAAAUAGCGGCUGCGAGCGGAAGUAAAACUUACCAGCUGGACCUGUCUCAGUCUGCGGAAGGAAAACAUUCCAGCAGUUCAGACCUGGUAGCCAAAGCUGCGGCUUCUAAGGGAGAGAAGAUGAAAACGUCAAAGGACCCAGAUUAUCUAGCUCAUAGUUUUGCUUCUGGAGGAAACUCCAAAGUGUCAGCUCAACUGACCAGUUCAUCGGGCACAGAAAUCAAUGUUAGAAUAGGAACCUUCCAAGAAUGUUCAGGAUCGUUUUCUUCCAAAGAAGCAAUAUCCUUCCCACCUUUGCAUCAGAGAGGCCCAAGGAAGGACAGAGAUCAGCAUGUGGAACCUGCCGCACAGCCAGAGAAAACCACUGUGGUUGAUGAGGUGGAUGCAAAGACCCUGAAGGCUGCUGGAGUCAAUAGCAGAUCUCCUGCAGCAAGCGAGCCGGUCGCUUCUGCCCCAAGAGACAGGCGUCAGAAGGGGAAAAAGUUAAUGAAAGACAGCUUUAAAGAGAAGCUUUCCCUGAAGUCUCUUACGGAUUCAAGCCAGGCAGUAGGUGGUGAUGAAGGAAACCUGAAACUAGAAUUCGGUAAUCAGGGUUUGGCCACCGAACAGAUUAGCCAGAGGUUAUGUAACAAUAUUCCCGCUGAAAAAGCUGGUGAGAAGUCUCCACCGUCCCAAGGGCAACCAAAAGGUUCCGCAGGGCAGAGCGACGUGGCCUCCAAGGAACCGCAGGCGCCUCGCAAACGCACCGUUAAAGUCACUCUGACCCCCCUCAAGAUGGAAAGCGAAAGCCAGGCUAAAAGCGCGCAGCAGGAGGGCGAUGUGGACCCGCAGUCGGCGGGAGCGGAGCCGGCCGCUCUGGCAGAGCCCACCUCGGCUUCGGAGAGCCCCGAAGGCAACGCCGCCGCGCAGGGAAGCCCCAGCGAAGCGCCAGCGCAGGAAUCUCAAAGUAACGCCUAUGAAAAUUUGCCCAUUCAAGAUAACAACUUGAUGCUCCAGGAUGGAACUAAGGCUCCCGAAGAAGGCUCGUACAAGCGGAGGUAUCCACGGAGAAGCGCUCGGGCCAGGUCCAACAUGUUCUUUGGGCUGACUCCCCUGUACGGCGUGAGGUCCUACGGAGAGGAGGACAUUCCCUUCUACAGCAACUCCACAGGGAAGAAGCGAGGGAAGCGGUCUGCAGAAGGACAAGUGGAUGGCGCGGAUGACUUGAGCACGUCGGAUGAAGACGACUUGUACUACUAUAAUUUCACUCGUACGGUGGUUUCCUCGAACGCCGAGGAGAGACUCGCGUCCCACAGCUUAUUCAGGGAGGAGGAGCAGUGCGAUCUUCCAAAAAUCUCACAGCUAGACGGUGUGGAUGAUGGAACUGAAAGCGAUACGAGUGUCACGGCAACGACAAGAAAAGUAAGUCAAGUGACUAAAAGGAGCAGUAAAGAAAACGGAACAGAGAACUUGAAGCUGGAUAGAACCGAGGAAGCCAGUGAGAAGGUACAAGUCACCAAGAGCUCCGCUGUCCACAAGAGCGACCCGAAGAUGGACAACUGCCAUCCCGUGAGCAGGGUCAAAGCGCAAGGCCAGGACUCGCUGGAGGCUCAGCUGAGCUCGCUGGAGACGGGCCGCAGGGCUCACACCAGCACGCCUUCCGACAAGAACUUACUGGACACGUUUAACACUGAACUUCUCAAAUCUGACUCUGACAACAACAACAGCGAUGACUGCGGGAACAUCCUGCCUUCCGACAUCAUGGACUUCGUCCUGAAGAACACGCCGUCGAUGCAGGCGUUGGGAGAGAGCCCGGAGUCCUCGUCCUCUGAACUUCUGACGCUCGGAGAAGGUUUAGGUCUGGACAGCAACCGCGGCAAGGAUAUGGGUCUGUUCGAGGUGUUCUCCCAGCAGCUGCCGACUGCCGAGCCGGUGGACAGCAGCGUCUCUUCCUCCAUCUCAGCGGAGGAGCAGUUCGAGUUGCCGCUGGAGCUCCCUUCCGACCUCUCUGUCCUGACCACCCGCAGCCCGACGGUGCCCAGCCAGAACCACAACAGGCUCGCCGUCAUCUCGGAGUCCUCGCUCUCCUCCUCGGGAGAGAGGUCCAUGCUCGCCUUGCCCUCCGCAGAGUCGGGAGAAAAGAGAGUGACGGUGACAGAAAAAUCCGCCUCGGGGGAAGGCGAUGCGGCUCUCCUGAGUCCUGGAGUGGACCCGAGCCCUGAGGGACACAUGACUCCCGAUCACUUCAUCCAGGGCCACAUGGAUGCGGAGCACAUCGCCAGCCCGCCCUGCGGCCCCGUCGAGCAGGGCCACGGUGGCAACCAGGACCUGACGAGAAACAGCGGCACUCCGGGCAUCCCGGUGUCGCCCACCGUUCCCCUCCAGAGCCAGAAGUACGUGCCAAACUCCACGGACAGCCCCGGCCCCUCACAGAUCUCCAACGCUGCCGUGCAGACCACGCCACCGCACCUCAAGCCGGCCGCGGAGAAACUGCUGGUGGUCAACCAAAACAUGCAGCCGCUCUACGUCCUCCAGACGCUCCCCAACGGCGUCACCCAGAAGAUCCAGCUGACGCCGUCGGUCAGCUCUGCGCAGAGCGUGAUGGAGAGCGGCGCCUCGGUGCUGGGGCCCAUGGGCAGCGGGCUCACACUGGCCACGGGGCUGAAUCCCAGCUUGCCCUCCUCGCAGUCGCUGUUUCCUCCCGCGAGCAAGGGGCUGCUGCCCAUGCCCCAUCACCAGCACAUCCACCCCUUCUCCACGGCCCCCCAGAGCGGCUUCCCGCCCAACAUCAGCAGCCCGUCACCAGGGCUGCUCAUCGGCGUGCAGCCGCCCCCCGACCCGCAGCUCCUGGUGUCCGAGGCAAGCCAGAGGACAGACCUUGGCACCACGUCGGCGCCUGCUGCGGCCCUGGGCAAGAAACGGCCGAUAUCCCGCCUGCACUCACGGAAGAACAAGAAGCUGGCUCCCUCUGGAACCCCUCCUGCCAUAGCUCCUCCCGAUAUGGUCUCCAACAUGACCCUGAUUAACUUUGCUCCUUCCCAGAUUUCCAACCACCCGCUGGAUUUGGGAAGCAUUGCCAAUUCAACGUCCCACAGAACCGUCCCCAAUAUCAUCAAGAGAUCCAAGUCCGGGGUCAUGUAUUUUGAGCAAACAUCUCUGCUCCCGCAGGGUGGGACCAGCGCCGCAGUCGGCACGUCUCCCAGCGUCAUCGGGCCGGAUGCCGGUCACCUCCCAGCGGGGCCCGUGUCCGGCCUGGCAUCGAGCUCCUCGGUGCUCAACGUCGUCUCCAUGCAGGCCACGGCAGCCCCCACGACUGGUGGCUCGGUUCCCGGUCAUGUUUUGGGACAGAGUUCGGUCACAUUAACGAGCCCCGGGUUAUUAGGGGACCUGGGUUCGAUAAGCAACCUCCUGAUCAAAGCCAGUCAGCAAAGCCUUGGUCUGCAGGACCAGCACAUGACUUUGCCACCCAGUUCGGGGAUGUUUUCACAACUGGGAGCUUCCCAAACUCCAUCUACAGCAGCGAUGACGGCUGCGUCGAGCAUUUGUGUUCUCCCUUCGGCGCAGUCGAUGGGCAUGACGGUCGCUCCGUCGUCUGCUGACCCAGAAGGCUCUUACCAGCUCCAGCACAUGACGCAGCUCUUGGCCAGCAAAACCGGGGUCGCCUCCUCCCCGCUGGACCUCGGCACGGCAUCGGCAGCGCCGCAGCUGUCGAGCUUUCCGCAGCUGGUCGAUGUUCCCAACAGUACCGGGCUGGAGCAAACCAAGGCGUCCUCGGCGGCGAUGCACGCCAGCUCGGCCUCUCCCGGGGGCUCCCCGUCGUCUGCCCAGCACUCUGCGAGCGGCUCCGUGCUGGGCCCUGCAAAAACAAAGCUGAAAGUCAAACGCAUUCAGCCGUCAUUAGACAAAGGGAACGGGAAGAAGCACAAAAUGUCCCACCUGUGGGCCAGCUCCUCCGAAGCGCAUGUUCCUGACAGAGGGGCCGUUGCUGGACCCCAGGUCUCGGCUACAGGGGCUCCUGCUGCCAAGGCAGAUGCGCAGGAUGCAGCAGGCGUCGAUCAGCCGUCACAGCAGCAGUGUGGCCAGUCUGCAGGGCAAACGGCGGCUCUGCCAGAGCCUCAGUCACCGCAGAACCCGGCACGUGAGCAGGAGAAUGCAGGCUCAAAAGCUCUCGAGGAAGAGGAGAGCACUUUCAGCUCCCCACUCAUGUUUUGGCUUCAGCAAGAGCAAAAGAGGAAAGAGUGUCUUGGUGAGAAGAAACCAAAGAAAGGUUUGGUUUUUGAGAUCUCUAGUGACGAUGGUUUUCAGAUCUGCGCAGAAAGCAUCGAAGAUGCCUGGAAGUCGCUGACGGACAAGGUGCAGGAGGCCCGUUCCAACGCGCGCCUGAAGCAGCUGUCCUUCGCAGGUGUGAACGGUUUGCGGAUGCUGGGGAUUAUCCACGACACCGUCGUGUUCCUGGUCGAGCAGCUGUACGGCGCGAAGCACUGCCGCAACUACAAGUUCCGGUUCCACAAGCCGGAGGAGGCCAACGAGCCCCCGCUGAACCCGCACGGCUCUGCGCGGGCUGAAGUGCACCUGAGGAAGUCUGCGUUUGAUAUGUUUAACUUCUUGGCUUCUAAACACCGACAGCCACCCGAAUACAACCCAAAUGACGAGGAAGAGGAAGAAGUGCAGCUGAAAUCAGCCCGGAGGGCAACCAGUAUGGAUCUGCCGAUGCCCAUGCGCUUCCGACACUUGAAGAAGACCUCCAAGGAGGCAGUUGGUGUCUACAGGUCUCCCAUCCACGGCAGGGGGCUGUUCUGCAAAAGGAACAUCGAUGCAGGUGAGAUGGUGAUCGAAUAUUCAGGCAAUGUCAUUCGCUCCAUCCUCACUGACAAACGGGAGAAAUACUACGACAGUAAGGGCAUCGGCUGCUACAUGUUCCGCAUCGACGACUCGGAGGUGGUGGACGCCACCAUGCACGGGAACGCGGCGCGCUUCAUCAACCACUCCUGCGAGCCCAACUGCUACUCCCGCGUCAUCAACAUCGACGGCCAGAAGCACAUCGUCAUCUUCGCCAUGCGCAAGAUCUACCGUGGGGAGGAGCUCACCUACGACUACAAGUUCCCCAUCGAGGACGCCAGCAACAAGCUGCCCUGUAACUGCGGCGCCAAGAAGUGCAGGAAGUUUUUAAACUAGAACUUCCCUCGGCUGUGGGCGAGCCCAGGGGGACAGGGGCGAGCAAAGCUCGAGCGCAUCCCCCCGGCCGCGCGGAGGGGACGGGAGGUGGCAGCAGGGACGGGCUGGGCUCGGGGACAGGCUGGCCGCCGGUUCUCUGUCAGAGGCCACAUCUCCAUGUCUCGCACGCUUCCCCUCGCCGAAGGCUUGGGCCCCUGCGGGAGAUCCCCGGUGUGAUGGUUUUCGCCGUUCUCGUUUCCCCAGUGUUUGUUUCUUGGCGCGGGGCUGACGAGGGGGCAGGGGCGGUCAGCUGGGCGUGCGGGAGCAGCGGCAGGUCCUGUCCCUCUGUCCCGCGGCGCAGAGCACCGGCCGCGUGGUUCUCGUGGCGCGAGGGCCGUGGCAGAGGUUCGGUAGCGCCGUGGUUAGCCGGCUUUCCUCCCGGGAGAGGGGCGGCCCCUCCGGCCAGCGUGCCUGCGGUUCCUCGCGUCUGCAGAACACUUAGCGAGCGCAGGGCGGGCGGAGGAGCCGCGCGGCCAGGAACGCGUGGGAAACGCACAGCGGGCUGGAACCGGCGGGUUCGCGGCGAUGGACCCGCCGGGCAGCGGGAGCGGCGCGGACCCUCCUCCCGCUGCCCCGGCCCCGCGCAGCAGCAGCAGAGCAGCCCCCACCUGACACGCGGCGACGUUGGGUUUUACUCGGUUCUGUUUACAGUUUAGUAUUUAAGGUUUUAUAAAUGUAAAUAUAUUUUGUAUAUUUUUCUAUGAGAAGCACUUCAUAGGGGAAAGCACUUAUGACGAGGCUUUUUAAACAGUGGUAUUAUCCUAAUUUAAGAGAAUCUCUUUUUAAUGUUUUUUUUAUUUUCAUAGGACGGUUAUAGGAAAUACCUGGCUGGACAGUCUGGUCCUUUCUCCAGAGAGGGGUACACUUUAGUUUUGGUUUGGUUUUCCUUUGGGUGUUUUGUUUUUUUAACUCUCGUUCUGCCUUUUUGACUUCAGUAACUGUUUCCGGGAGGUUUGGCUGGACCUUAAACUUUGUGUACCCGUCAGGAUGGGGGCGGGAGGGGGAGCUGCCCGGCGCGGGCGGCGUUUGGCUGUGUCGGAGGGGCUGCCCGCGCCCUGCCCGCGCCGCGGGAGGAAAACCGGCACGGAGCCCACCCCGGGCGCUGCUUUUGGCUCCCCUGGGCUCGCGUGGGGCAGCCGAACCCGCACCCUGAGCCGGGGAGGACGCACGGCAUGGGGGGCGGGGCGCCCGCUUUCCUCUCGUUAUUGCACUGCGCGGCGAUCCCCGGCGACAGCCGUUGACAGACACGUCCAGGCGCCGCCGCGUUUGUUACUGACUUGAUGCACUGACAGUUUGGGAACGCACACACCCGCGGAGCCCCGCGCGCCGCGCUCGGCCCCUCGGCCCCCUGCGGCUGCCCCGGCGUCCCGAGCGGCCGCUCCCGCCCGCGGCGCCGCGUCCCCCCGGCCGCGGUCGGAGGUCGGGCCCGGCCCGCGGUCCGGCCGUCUGUCCGCUUUGCUGCUAUGGCCGUGGCGGCCGCUGACACUGUCCGUACCCGGGAAGCCGCGGCGGGGCCGGGGGACGUGGGGCGCGCGGCGUCCCCGCGCAUGAAUGUAUAUUUUAUAAGGACUGACGCAGAUCAUGGUAUCUGAAAAUACUGAAAAAAAAAGGAACCUUAGGGCGUUUAUUUUUCUUUGUACAAAGCGACGUGUUGUUUUCUAAAGGAAAAGCGGGUCAUUGCAAAGGGCUGGGUAUCUUUUCUGUCUGGUUUCCUUUCGUUUCCAAGCAAUACCAGGUUCUUGGGCGAGACGGUCGUUGUGCAGAAUCAUGCCACUCACCCCAUACUACUGCUCCACUCGCAAGGGUUUUAUAGCUAUAAAUACGAUAUAUAUAGGAACUAAUGUAGUGACGCACCGUGUAAUGCAGCCUCGUUCAGUAUCGGUCCACGGCUUUUACUUCUCUAACACUAUAGCUAAGGAUUGUGUUCCCGCCGCUCCCGCCGGCCGGGGGGCUCGCGGCCCCGGCCCCCCCGUCCCGGCCGCUCCGUUUCCUCCCGCUGCCCUCGCCCGGUCCUGAGUGUCGGGAACCACCUGCGUGUGGGGCAGCAGCGUGCUCUGUGCUUUCUGGUCUCCUUACGAGGUGCAGUAGCUUCGUCUUUCAACCGACAACUAUACUUGUGGUGUUUCUUUUAUUGAACUUUACAGUCUCUUUAGUAAAUACAGGUAGGUGAGUAAUUGUUUCAAAAAAAAAAAAAAGGAAAAAAAAAAAGCUCAGCAAGGCAAGGUUUUGUUCUAGAAAUGCAUUUCUUGGCAACUUAUCAUGUAUAACAAAUCUCUUCUUUUUUUCUUGUGUUCUUCCGAGCUUCUGGUUGUUGUUUUUUUUAAAAAAGAGGAACCGUGUCUAAGUGCAUCAGUGUUAAUUGACUCCUGUCACAGGAAGAAGGAAAUACUCAACCGUUCAACAAAUGCUGAAAGCUCCGCAGAGACUGAAUGUAAAAACGUGUAAAUAGUUGUAAAAAAAAGAAAAAACACAAAAAAAACAAAGGAGUUUUUAAACAUGUUUAUUUUCUAUGCACUUUUUUUUAUUUAAGUGAUAGUUUAAUUAAUAAACAUGUCAAGUUUAUUGCUGCA